CCUGAAGAUCAAGAUCAAGCUUUCAUCCAAACAGCAACACAUCAGUCUCUGUCGGGGAACCAUGAAGACGCUGCCGACUCUCAUACUUCUGGCUCUGAUCUGCUUCUUGCAUCACAGCUCUGCUGCAGGUCCGUUUGCUCCAGAGCUGGUCUCUGCUGAACUAUGCUGUCCAGGCUUCAAUCAAAGGUUAAUUCCUAAGCCAAAGGUGAAACAUGUGGCGAUGACAUCACAUAGCUGUAAAAUCACAGCCAUUGUAGUCACAACCGUGUGUGAUGAGACGUCUUGUAUUGAUCCCGAAUGGAGAUGGGCGAAGAAUCUGUUGGCAGCGUUUGAGACGGCAACAGCUAACAACACGUCACCUUCUGCCCCUUUCAACACGUCGAAGUGUGAAAAACAUCAGACACAGCAGUAAUCCAGUG